UUCGGUAUAAUAGUAAUGUCUUCGAUUAGAUUUAACUAAAUAUUGAAAAACGGUUCAAACCUUCCGAUUGCUGCAAAGUGGAUGCGAUAUUUGCUUAAUAUAUUAUCGAUUGAUUGGUGUGUAUCGGCAUACCGCCACGUAUACGUAAACCUCGUUAAAAAAAGCAAGGCAUUUAAAUAGUCGUAAAAUGGAAGAGAAUCUUUGGCUAGCAAAAACAUUGACAGACAUGAUGAUAUCUGACAUUCACACGGACUGCAAAUUUGUGAUAGAGACUGCAUCUGGCAAUAAAGCUUUCUCUGGCCAUAAAUUAAUCUUUAGCUGUGCCUCCGAGGUCUUUGAAACUAUGCUCUUUGGAAACUACAGUGAGUCUCUAAGCGGAGAGGUCACUUUAACAGAUGUUGAGCCAGAAAUAUUUGAAAUAUUUCGUGAAUUUAUGUAUAGCGGAUCCACAAAGCUGCGCCAACUUCCAUUGGAUACGAUAUUGAAGUUAGCAGUGUUCGGAGAUAAAUACCAUGUGAAGUCACUCACAGAGGCUUGCGAGCGUCAACUGCUUUUACUAAAGGGGACCUGUAAUACGGAACAACUGCUGCUCAUAUAUCAGUUUUCCCAUUCAGUAAAUAGCCAGGAAUUGAUCAAGAAGAUCGGAAAGGCGCUGAAGAAUGACGUUAAAAAUUAUCAAAAUAGUACGCAGCAUCCAAGAUUCCAUCUAAAAUUGAGCAUUCACGAAUUCAAGAGCUACAUUGAGGUGGUUGAUGGAGUUCUAUGCGAGCCAAAGCGCUUUAAAUUGAUUGAUUCUUAUCUUCGCUAUGGAAAUUUUGAUGCUUGCUUGGAUCACACGGAUAUUCCCAAUGUCAAUGGUAAUAUAAUUAACGAACUUAUUGGAAUGAUAGAUUUUCUGAAGUUUUCGGCCGAAGAGUUUCACGAUGGACCCGGCAGAUCCAAACUGCUGAGUGAUGCCGAGAAGUAUAACCAUCUUUAUUUGAUUGCCACUGGCAAAUUAAGAAGGGCUCUCAUAAAAGAGAAAAAGGAGAGAAAAGAGAGAAAGGAGAGAAAGGGAAGAUGUAACAAUAAAAAACCGUUUAAGAACUCGCUUCAAAUAUCAACAUAAUGUUUGUAGGACCAAUUCCCUCAAUUAAAUGGAAAGAAGAACAAUGGAUUUCUCAAAAGCAUGUGUUGGCGCUCAGGUUGACCUUAAUUCGUUGAAUAGUUUAGUUACUUCAACAUUAUUUAUACGAUAUAAAUAGAUGCUUGAAAGUGAUAAAAACAUUUGUGGUUUUUAGUAAACUUACUGAGUAAAUAAUAAAGUAUGACAUCCUGUUUGCCGAUGUGUCCAGGCACUGUGCUGUGAUAAU